CCCAGGGAAGAAGAAGAAGAAAACCCGGGGCGAUCACUUCAAGCUGCGCUUCCGCAAGAACUUCCAGGCCCUGCUGGAGGAGCAGAACCUGAGCGCGGCCGAGGGCCCCAAUUACGUCUCGGCCGGCGCGGCGCCGUCGCGGCUGCCGCAGCGCCACUUCUGCGCCGUCUGCGGCUUCCCCUCGGGCUACACCUGCGUCACCUGCGGGGCCAGGUACUGCUGCACGCGCUGCCUGGGCACCCACCAGGACACCAGGUGCCUGAAGUGGACGGUGUGACCCCGCCCCCAAUAUGGCUGCCGUGGCCACGCCCACGGCAUGGCUGCCGUGAUGCCAGCCCAAAAUGGCCGCCAUGAGCACGUCUCGUUUGGUCCCGCCCUGAAAAUGGCCGCCAUGGCCACGCCCCCAAGAUGGCCGCCAUGGCCACACCCCCAAGAUGGCUGCCAUGACUCCACUCAUGACAUGGCAGGCAUUGCCACACCCCCAAGAUGGCCACCAUGGUGCCACCCCAGAAAUGGUUGCCAUGGCCACACCCCCAAGAUGGCUGCUACAACUC